AUGAAUACCCUCAACCCACCACCAGCAAUCCCUUCGCCAGCCAUGACGAACGUCGUGAGGGGCUUCCACACACCAGCAACUGGAUCUGCGGACGAAGAUUCGGAUUAUGGAGCGCAAACCCCUUCUCGUCGCCAUAGACUUCAGGAUGUAGUUAGCGCCAACAGCAGCCCUAUGAUGCGGUCCUCGUCAGGCCAAGGUGUCAGCGGCAUCAGCAGAAUGCGAUUGACGCUGGAAACUUUGCAAUUGGAGAAUGAUUCGCGCAGCAACUCCAUGGUCCGGAGCAGAAGCAAGAUGCGCCAGCCCCAGCCUCAAAGCAGCACAGGCACGACGUCCGACGGGUUCAGCGACGACGAGGCAUCUGAUAUUACCAGUUAUGAUAUCCCCUUAGAAAACGAUUUUGUAAGCGAGAGUCUGCGCGAAAAGCCAAUGCUUGGUGCGGUCGAGGGUGGACUGGUUCAAGAUACAAUUGCACGAAAGAUGCAGGCAGACGACUUUGAGCCUUUGCGAUGUCUCGGCAAAGGUACAUUUGGAACCGUCUUGUUAGUGAAGCAGCGGACGACUGGACGACUUUAUGCGCAGAAACAAUUCAAGAAGGCAACAUUGACAGUUCACAAGAGGUUGGUGGAGCAGACCAAAACCGAGCGAUCGAUCCUGGAGUCCGUCAAUCGCCAUCCCUUUGUGGUGAAGCUCUUCUAUGCAUUUCAAGAUCACGAAAAGCUAUAUCUCAUCCUUGAAUACGCGCAAGGAGGCGAAUUGUUCACACACCUUGCCCAGGAGCGUAUGUUUUCCGAGGAAGUCGCUUCCUUCUAUAUGGCUGAAAUGGUUCUUGCGCUGGAGCAUCUUCAUCGUAAUCUCGGAGUUGUCUACCGCGACUUGAAGCCUGAGAACUGUCUUCUCGAUACCGAAGGUCACCUUCUUUUGACUGAUUUCGGUCUCUCGAAAGUGGCUGUUGACGAAAACGACAAGUGCAAUAGCGUUCUUGGUACGGUGGAGUACAUGGCUCCAGAGGUCAUUCAGGGUCACAAGUACGGUAUGGCAGUUGACUGGUGGUCUUUUGGCGCUCUGGGUUUCGACCUCCUAAGCGGCGCACCCCCCUUUCAAGGGCCGAAUCAUGCAAAGACGCAGGAGAAGAUCAUCAAAUCAAAAGUGGUUAUGCCAUACUUUUUUAGCACGGAUGCCAAAGAUCUCCUUACUCGCCUGUUGAGAAAGGAACCAACAAAGCGCCUUGGAUCAAAUAUGCCUAAGGACCUUGGGCUUAUCAAGAAGCAUCGAUUCUUCCGGAAGAUUGAUUGGAAGGCGCUUGCUCGCCGUGAAGUUGAGGCUCCGAUUCAACCUUUCAUAACCGAUCCUGAACUGGCCGAGAAUUUCUCCAACGAUUUUACCGACCUUGCCCUGUCACCUGUGUUGACAAGUACGAGGCCACCGUGGAGCUCAGCCACAGCAGGUGGAAGUGAGAACCCUUUUGGUGGGUUUAGCUAUGUAGCGAGUCAGAGUCUGUUAGAUUCCAAUGGGUUUCCCGGUAUGCUGGCGGAGGGAACACCAACACCAACAGUUGCGGUUUAG